AUGGCGGGGCGCGCGCUCGCGGCCAUGGCGGCCAUGGCGAUGGCUUCGGCUGGGGAGGAGUUUCCGGGCCGCUACGUCAUCAAGAACGUAAGGACAAGCCGGCGCCUCGUCUCCAGCAGCUGGGGCUUCUUCGCGGACGCCCGCGGGCCCAUCACGGAGGAGCACCUCUGGCGACUCCAGGCAGAAGGAAACAACAGCCAUAGCAUCGUGAACGCUGCGACGGGUGGCCGAGUGUUGGCCCAGAGCGACAUGGAUAUGGACCAAGGCUUUUUUGCGGUAGCGGCUGGGCCCACGUAUCAGGACCAAAAGUGGCAACUGCAGCUGCAAAGUGACGGCAGCUACAUCAUCGCCAACGCCAAGAACGGGCGCCGGCUCUGGACGGGCCCGGAAUCCUUGCCCGUCAGCUUCGGGGCCGCGGCAGGGGCGACGACAGCUUUUGAGCCAGAGGGAGCCAGGUGGUGGCUCAUCGACCAGGACCGGGACCGUGCGGCGCUGCUGGCGCUGCAGCUGCGCAGCGAGGCCCAGAGCCGCCGGAGCCUGGCCGCGAGGUUGGAGGAGCAAGAGGCGCGGGUGAACCAGCUGGCGGAGCUGAGCCGCCCUUUAUGCGACGCCUGCGACGAGCCGUGGGACUGGCAGCGCAGUCUGCUGCUGGCGGUGCUGCUGCUGGCGGCCUUCAAUUGGCACCUCCGGCGCCAGCUUCGCAGGGCCCAGGUGCCCGCGAAAGAUGCGCCGGACUCGAGCAGCCCGGGGCUGGGCACGGACUUCGGGCACCAGGUGGUGGACACCCUGACGCAGGAGAAGCACCUCAGGCUGAUCAAGGUGCAGUGCCCCGGGGUGGAGCACGGGGAUGUGGAGGUGGAGCUGCUCUUCAACGGCUGCCACGUGAGGAUCGAGCGCCGGGCCUCCUGCGGGGUGCCUGCGGCGUCCUGGAUGCGUCGCUUUGAGUUCAGCCCCCAGGACGGCCUUUUCGAGUUCCGGGAGGAUCAGAUGAGGCUGGAGCAGGGCUUUCUGCACCUCAUCUUCCAGCACCGCUCCUUUCAAGCGCGCCGGAUCCGCUUUCCGCAGCACUACGCGCUCUCGGCCACGGAUACGGACCUGUGGUGGGAAUACCCCGAGGCAAAGCCUGCGCAGGAUCCUAGCCAAUGA